UGAUACGAGUUGUCUGUUCCGCGAUCAACACGUAAACUAUAUAAGAGCUUUUUGAGGCAGAACCCCCUCCGGAACUCGUUAGCUGGCUUUUCUCGUUGAAACCUUCCGCUCACUGCUGUCAACAUGGAGAGUCUGCUCCGCGCAGUGGCCGUGCUGGCCGUGUUGUUCUUGGGGUUGUUCCAGCAAGGAGCUGUUGUGGCCGACCGGCCGUACACAUCUGUGCUGACUGUGACAAACGGACAGCGGUGGGGAACAUGGAGGUGGCCCGAGAUGUGUCCUGACCAGUACUUUGCUAUUGGCUUCAGUACCAGGGUGGAGUCCAGACAGGGCGAUGGCGACGACACAGCCAUGAACGGCAUCCGCCUCAUCUGUGGCAAAGACGAAGACCAGAGCUCAACUUACACUGUGGAGUCUCACCCUGGCUUCUGGGGCGACUGGUCCAGCCCUCAGUACUGCCCCAGUGGCGUGCUCACCUCUUUCCAGCUCCGCGUGGAGGGCAAUCAGGGCAGAGGUGAUGACACCACUGCCAACAACAUCAGGUUCCGCUGCAGCAGCAACCCUGUGCUGGAGGGCAAAGGCCUGGACUGGGGCGAGUACGGCGGAUGGAGCCAGGAUUGUGUCAACGGAGGAAUCUGUGGCAUCGAGACCAGGAUGGAGGACCAACAGGGGGGAGGGGACGACACCGCCCUCAACGACGUGCGCUUCCGUUGCUGUGACCGAACCCUGCAGGUGGAGCCCAAACAGGGCGGAGGUGACGACACGGCCCUGAACGGCAUCCGCCUCAUCUGCGGCAAAGACGGGGACCGGACGCACAUUGUGGAGUCUCACCCUGGCUUCUGGGGUGAAUGGUCCAACCCUCAGUACUGCCCGGGUGGCGUGCUCACCUCUUUCCAGCUCCGCGUGGCGACCCUUCGGGGCAUUUUUGCUGACGACACCGCCGUCAACAACAUCAAGUUCCGCUGCAGCAACGGCCAUGAGCUGGAGGGCAGCGGCCUGGACUGGGGGGGGUACGGCAGGUGGAGCCAGGAUUGUGGCAAUGGAGGAAUCUGCGGCAUCGAGACCAAGAUGGAGGCCCGACAGGGGAAAGGGGACGACACCGCCCUCAACGACGUGCGCUUCAUUUGCUGUGGCAGAUCCCAGAAGUGAUUGACAGGUGAUCAGUAUGGUCCGUCCCUCCUCCCUUACCCUUAAUUAAACAAUGACAAAUAAUAAAGUGCUCAUUUGAA